AUGCCCUCAUUUGAGGUUCAGCCAAUUCCAGGCAAAGGAAAAGGUCUCAUAGCUAUUCGAAGAAUCACCAUGGGCACACGCAUUCUGAUCGAGAGCCCUCUCCUCCAAUCAAACAAUGCACCGCCAGCCUCACUCGAGCCUAUUUUGGCGAGGAAACUAAAGGCCCUUACGAAGGAACAACAACGUCAGUUUCUGUCACUGCAUAACAACUUUCCUGGAAAAUAUCCUUUCAGUGGCAUCAUGGAAACCAACGCGUUACCUUGUUGGAAUGGAGAGGCUAGCGGCGGUGCCGUAUACCCUAUCAUCUGCUUGAUCAAUCAUAGCUGUAACGCCAACGCUCACAGUAGUUGGAACGAAGCUCUUGAGCAGCAAACGAUCCACGCCACUCGAGACAUAGCGCCUGGCGAAGAAAUCACGAUAUCCUAUGGUGAUGCGGACCUGUUUGCGAGACGCAAAACAUGGCUGAGGGAAAACUUCGGCUUCGACUGCAACUGCUCGGUCUGCCUUCUUCCACCUGCUGAACUGGAGAAGAGUGAUAGACGACGGGAGCUGAUUCAACAACUUGACACGAGAAUUGGUGACCUGUUCUGCAUGAUGAGUAGACCUAAUGUCAGCCUUGCGAAUUGCCGUUUACUACUUCAAGUCUUGAAGGAGGAAUUUGCAAACGGCACCACUCCGUUGCUAGCCAAUGCCUAUAAUGACGCAUUCCUCGUCGUCAUUAGACAUGGAGAUGUUGCACGUGGAGCAAUAUUUGCAGAGAGAGCAUACCAGAUCAGAAUCAUCUGCUAUGGGGGAGACCAUCCGGAGACUCAAAUGAUACAGCGAUUGGCUGAGGAUCCAAAGAUCGACAAAGGAUUUGCGGCUUAUUCCAAGCGGUGGACCACGGAGAAGGGAGAAAUUCCACAAGAGUUGAAGGGGGACGAAUUUGAGAAAUGGCUAUGGCGACAAGAGUAG